CGAAAGAAAAACAUCGACUAGAUUCAUCUCCAGGUUUAUCAUCUCUCACCCAUCGAACGAACUUCAGACAGAACAGAAGACUCUUCGAGUCUCUGAUGUCACUCUCCACAGUAUCUUCCACCGUUCCUUGUUCCCGUCUAUCCCCAAUCUCAACCACACAAACCAAGUUCCUCACUCUCUCAGCCAAAACACAACCUAUAAGAAGAAGACACGACCUCUCCUUCACCCCCUUCCCUACACUUACCCACUCGAAUCACCCUCUCCGUCACGCUUUCUCCAAUCCCAAAUCGAGUUUCCACCGUCCCCACUGUAUUGAAGAAGCCGGACACUCCGACACCACAGAACAAACCUCUGCAACUUCUGUUGAUGAUAACGAAGAAGCGAGAAGAAGCGAAAGCCACGUGGCCUUGUUCGUGCGGAUGCUCGGUUUAGACAACGACCCUCUCGACAGAGAACAAGCCGUGGAAGCCCUAUGGAAGUACUCUCUAGGCGGGAAGAAGUGCAUCGACGCGAUAAUGCAGUUCCACGGCUGUCUGAAUCUCAUCAUCACUCUUCUCAAAUCCGAUUCCACCUCCACCUGCGAAGCUGCCGCUGGUCUACUACGCUCCAUAGCUUCCGUGAAUCUUUACAGAGAGCUUGUCGCUGAGAGUGGAGCCUUGGAGGAGAUAACCGCUCUCUUAAGCAGACCUUCGUUAGCUACAGUGGUGAAAGAGCAAAGCAUAUGUGCUCUGUGGAAUCUAACUGUGGACGAAGGAGUUAGAGAGAAGGCUGCAGACUUUGACAUCCUUAAGCUCCUCCUUACUUUCCUUGAAGAUGAUGAUGUUAAUGUGAAGGAAGCAGCUGGUGGAGUUUUGGCUAAUUUAUCUCUUAGCAGCUCUAACCACAAGAUUAUGGUGGAAGUAGGAGUCAUACCCAAACUAGCAAAACUGUUGAAAGGCGAGAACAAAGAGUCUAAAGUGAUUAGAAAAGAAGCGAGGAACGUUCUUUUGGAGCUAGCUAAAGAUGAGUACUACAGGAUUCUUGUUAUUGAGGAAGGUGUUGUGCCCAUUCCUAUAAUUGGUGCAGAUGCUUACAAGUCGUUUAGACCGGAUCUUUACUCAUGGCCUAGCUUACCAGACGGGGUAAAGAUCGAGCAGACAGCAAAAGCUCCUUCUAGAUUCGGCGCAUCCGAGCUUCUCCUUGGUUUAAACGUUGACGAGGGUGUUGACGAAGUAGACGAAGCUAAAACUAAAGCGAUAGUUGGGAGGACGAACCAGCAGUUCCUUGCUCGUAUUGGAGCUAUUGAGUUUGAGAAGGAGUUAAAAUCCGAACGUCCAGGGGAAUCACAGCAGAAUCAGAAUCAGAAUCAGCAGCAGCAGCUGACUCUUCUUCCUUGUGUAGAUGGUGUGGCUCGUUUGGUGUUGAUUCUUGGAUUGGCUGACGAAGUGGCUGUGUCGAGAGCUGCGGAGUCGGUUGCUGACGCGUGUAUCAAUGAGGAGAUGAGGGUUUCGUUCAUGGAAGCUGGAGCUGUGAAGCCUCUUGUUCAGCUUUUAGCUAACAACAACGGAGAGGGUGUUAAAGUACCUGUCAUCCGUGCUUUGAAAAACUUGUCUCUUAGCCGCACUGUUUGCAAGAGGAUUGAAGCUGAAGGUGCUGUGCCAUUUUUUAUUAAUCUUCUGAAGCAGCCAGAGAUCUCACUAAGCAUUACUGAACAGAUUCUGGAUGUACUUGCUCAUAUUUUAGAUCCUAGCAAGGAAAUGGAAUCCAAGUUUUAUGAAGGACCGGUGAACGGAUCAAAAGCAGACACCAGAAAGGAAGCUCUGGACGGUUCUGUUAUCUCUCGUCUGGUUCAGAUAGCGAAAACAGCGUCUCCUAACCUGCUGAGGAAGGCAAUCUCCGUCAUCGAGUUUGGUACGGUCACUGAUCCAACCAUGGACACGAUCAUCUCCGAGGAUGUCACAACUCUUCUUGAUGUUGCUCUCCGUCAGAGAGUCCUUGACGAACCUGAGAAUGAAGCUGAGGAGUUAGAAAAACACUUGCUUGAGCUAGAAGAAGCUGGUGUGACGAUCUCAGCUGCUUCGAGGCUACUAACAAAACUUCUAGACUCUGAGUCUUUUCGCCAAACUGUGGAUGUGACUCUCUUCACGGAGCUGCUGAGGAAGAUCCUGAGAUCAAACCUCCCUCUACACUACAAAGACUGGGUCGCUUCUUGUCUCGUUAAACUCACCUCUCUCUCAUCUUCCUCUCCAUCCCUCAACAACCCAGUCAACGUUGAGGUAACUCUCUACAAGACGAUCCCAAGCCUGGUGGAACAGAUGAGCUUCUCCUCAACUCCAGAAGCGAAAGAAGCAGCGGUUUUGGAACUGAACAAGAUAGUCUCAGAGGGAGUUCCAGAGUCGACGCAAGCUCUUGCUUCGCACGGAGGGAUAGAGCCGCUGGUGAAGCUUCUAGAAGAAAGGAACGAGCGGUGCGUAGAGGCGAGUUUGUCAGUGUUGUAUAACUUGAGCAUGGACAGUGAGAACCACACAGCGAUUAUAAGAGCAGGAGCUGUGCCAGUGUUGAGACGGAUCGUUAUGUCUCAAAGACCACAGUGGGAGAAAGCUCUAAGGUUACUCAGAGAUUUACCCGUUUGAGAGAAAGUUGUGUUGUACUUGAAUCACAGUCGUCUCUGGUUCUUUGUUACUUUAAAAGUCUCUUCAAGAUGUGCGAAUAAUUUCCUCAGAUUCUCAUGUUACUAUA